UUUUUUUUUUUUUUAGAGACAGAGAGUCUUCCUCUGCCACCCAGGCUGGAGUGCAGUGGCAGGAUCUCACUGCAACCUUUGCCUCCUGGGUUCAAGCAAUUCUCAUACCUCAGCCUCUUGAGUAGCUGGGAUUACAGGCAUGCUCCAGCACUCUUGCUAUUUUGUUUGUUUGUUUGUUUCUGUUUUUUGUAUUUUUAGUGGAGACGGGGUUUUGCUGUGUUGACCAGGCUGGUCUCAGAUCCUGGCCUCAAGUGAUUUGCCCACUUCAGCCUCCCAAAGUGCUGGGAUUACAGGCGUGAGCCCCCACACCAGCCAAAAACACACAAAAAUUAUCAGGGCUUGUGUUUAUAUUUAGUUACUUUUGAAAAUGUUUUUACAUUUUGAACAUUCCUGUAAGGACUAUUCACCCAUUGCAUUGAUUGGUGCUCGCAGCACUUAAUGCUUGAGCAAGCGGAAUUCAAGGACAUGCUGUUACCCCCUUUCUUUUAGUGGACUCAGAAGGAAAACAAAACAAAACAAAACAAAAAACCCUCACAAUCAACAAGACACAGGAGAGGCCUCAAAACAAGCAAGGACACUCUCGCUGGGGCACCUCACUUUUUUUUUUUCUUUUAAACCACAAGGUCCUAACAGAGGAGCAAACUCCAUGUGGUUUCUUAACUGUUUCAAAAGUGCUCAAUCACCAAAUCGAAUGUGACGUGCAUUGUCACCUUCCAGGAAAACUCUGAGUGGUUUUGAAAGGCAGAAUCACAAAAGGGAAAAUCACCUCUCCAGGGCUAUUUCCCUUAUAAAAUAAAUCCGUCCUGGAGCUUCUCCUUGGAAAAACACACACAGGGCCCCAAGUGUGUGUAGGCUGAGUGGCUGCACAGUCAUUUGAAUUUAGUUUCGAAAAUAGCCCUUCCCUGUGUCCCUAAUGUAAAGGAAUAAUUAAAACCCAAAGCCCAUUUCCCCUAAUUAGCCGAAAGCCCUAGCAAUGCAUGCCAUUGUGGGCAUUCGGGAGCCAAAAUGCACCCACUCAUAAAAAAUGAUCCAAACAAUGGCUCGUGCCCAAGCUUUCACACUCGUUUUGCAGAGAAUUCUUGGCUGGCAGAGGCAGGGUUGUAAUUCCUUGGGUUGCUUGACUUCACGAGGGGCGAGGUGUGCAUUGUGGCGACACGGACUACUUGUGAAGCCUUUGGGCGGCAGUCGCUUAAAGAUUAACUUUCUCGGGUUUCCGUGACCAAAAGCGUUUCCGUGAAUAGCGUGAUUGGAAACUUGUGCGGGCCGGAGACCGCGGCGCGGCUGCUCUUUCAACAGGCGAUUUGUUCUCCUGUCCGAGGCUCAUUUCCAUGCAAAGAGCCUGACAUCAGAGCACCUUUUGUUGCUAAACGCUUUCUUUAGCCUCGAGGGGAGAGUCAUGUGGAGCUGGAAGAGCUCAUUUUGAAGAGAGGGGUCCCGGGGAGCUCCCUCCAAGAUACCGAGGCGCCGCGGCCACCCCUGCAGGGUCCUGCCAAGACUUGCUAGAACGAACGAGUCGCGUGCCUUACUUAGUUGGUUCCCGUAACAGGAAGAAACGCCUUUGCAGUGGGUUUAAUUGCUUCUGGGCCGAGCGAAUUCCCCGCCGUACAACUCAGUGGUGCGGACUUUUCCUCCUGCUACCCUGUUGCUGCGCGGAGCGGGGUUGGAAAGUUUCUGGAGUUGUCAGUCGCGCAGCCCGUGGCCACCUAGAGCCGAGGUGUGGGCGCCUGCGAGGGGCCCCCGCGGGGUGGCCGGGGCCGCCGGGGCAUGCAGCGCGGGGGCGCGGCUCGGUGACGCCGCGGGCGGGGACCCGGCAUCCAGGCCGGCUGCGCGCGGGUGCUGGGCGAGGGCGCCGCGGGGACCUGGACGCACGGCCCGCGCGCGGGACACUGCCAUGGAGGACGCGGGAGCGGCUGGCCCGGGGCCCGAGCCGGAGGCCGAGCCCGCGCCGGGGCCAGAACCGGAGCCCGAGCCUGGCGCUGGCACGUCCGAGGCGUUCUCCCAACUCUGGACCGAUGUGAUGGGCAUCCUGGACGGUUCGCUGGGAAACAUCGAUGACCUGGCGCAGCAGUAUGCAGAUUAUUACAACACCUGUUUCUCCGACGUGUGCGAGAGGAUGGAGGAGCUGCGGAAACGGCGGGUUUCCCAGGACCUGGAUGUGGAGAAACCCGACGCUAGCCCCACGUCACUUCAGCUGCGGUCCCAGAUCGAAGAGUCGCUUGGCUUCUGUAGCGCCGUGUCAACACCAGAAGUGGAAAGAAAGAACCCUCUUCAUAAAUCAAACUCGGAAGACAACGCUGUAGGAAAAGGAGACUGGAAGAAGAAAAAUAAGUAUUUCUGGCAGAACUUCCGAAAGAACCAGAAAGGAAUAAUGAGACAGACUUCAAAAGGAGAAGACGUUGGUUACGUUGCCAGUGAAAUAACAAUGAGCGAUGAGGAGCGGAUUCAGCUAAUGAUGAUGGUCAAGGAAAAGAUGAUCACGAUUGAGGAAGCACUUGCCAGGCUCAAGGAAUACGAGGCCCAGCACCGGCAGUCGGCUGCCCUGGACCCUACCGAUUGGCCAGAUGGUUCUUACCCAACAUUUGAUGGCUCAUCAAACUGCAAUUCAAGAGAACAAUCGGAUGAUGAGACCGAGGAGUCGGUGAAGUUUAAGAGGUUACACAAGCUGGUAAACUCCACUCGCAGAGUCAGAAAGAAACUAAUUAGGGUGGAAGAAAUGAAAAAACCCAGCACUGAAGGUGGGGAGGAGCACGUGUUCGAGAAUUCGCCGGUCCUGGAUGAACGGUCCGCCCUCUACUCUGGUGUGCACAAGAAGCCUUUUUUCUUUGAUGGCUCUCCUGAGAAACCUCCCGAAGAUGACUCAGACUCUCUCACCACGUCUCCAUCCUCCAGCAGCCUGGACACCUGGGGGGCUGGCCGGAAGUUGGUCAAAACCUUCAGCAAAGGAGAGAGUCGGGGCCUGAUUAAGCCCCCCAAGAAGAUGGGGACAUUCUUCUCCUACCCAGAAGAAGAAAAGGCCCAGAAAGUGUCCCGCUCCCUCACCGAGGGGGAGAUGAAGAAGAGUCUCGGGUCCCUGAGCCACGGGAGAACCUGCAGUUUUGGAGGAUUUGACUUGACAAAUCGCUCUCUGCAUGUUGGCAGUAAUAAUUCUGACCCAAUGGGUAAAGAAGGAGACUUUGUGUACAAAGAAGUCAUCAAAUCACCUACUGCCUCUCGCAUCUCUCUUGGGAAAAAGGUGAAAUCAGUGAAAGAGACGAUGAGAAAGAGAAUGUCUAAAAAAUACAGCAGCUCUGUGUCUGAGCAGGAUUCGGGCCUCGAUGGAAUGCCUGGCUCCCCUCCGCCUUCACAGCCUGACCCUGAACACUUGGACAAGCCCAAGCUCAAGGCCGGGGGUUCCGUAGAAAGUCUUCGCAGUUCUCUGAGUGGGCAGAGCUCCAUGAGUGGUCAAACAGUGAGUACCACCGAUUCCUCAGCCAGCAACCGGGAAAGCGUCAAGUCGGAAGAUGGGGAUGACGAAGAGCCGCCUUACCGAGGCCCGUUCUGCGGGCGUGCCAGGGUGCACACCGACUUCACCCCCAGUCCCUAUGACACAGACUCACUCAAGCUCAAGAAAGGAGACAUCAUUGAUAUCAUCAGCAAGCCGCCCAUGGGGACCUGGAUGGGGCUGCUGAACAACAAAGUCGGCACAUUCAAGUUCAUCUACGUGGACGUGCUCAGCGAGGACGAGGAGAAGCCCAAGCGCCCCACCCGGAGGCGGCGGAAAGGAAGACCGCCCCAGCCCAAGUCUGUGGAGGAUCUCCUGGAUCGGAUUAACCUAAAAGAGCACAUGCCCACUUUCCUGUUCAAUGGAUAUGAAGAUUUGGACACCUUUAAGCUGCUGGAGGAGGAAGACUUGGAUGAGUUAAAUAUCAGGGACCCGGAACACAGAGCUGUUCUCUUGACAGCGGUGGAGCUGUUACAAGAGUAUGACAGUAACAGCGACCAGUCAGGAUCCCAGGAGAAGCUGCUCGUUGACAGCCAGGGCCUGAGUGGAUGCUCACCCCGAGACUCAGGAUGCUACGAAAGCAGUGAGAACCUGGAAAACGGCAAGACUCGGAAAGCUAGCCUCCUAUCUGCCAAGUCAUCCGCCGAGCCCAACUUGAAGUCUUUUAGCAGAAACCAGUUGGGCAAUUACCCAACAUUGCCUUUAACGAAAUCAGGGGAUGCACUGAAGCAGGGACAGGAGGAGGGCAGGCUGGGUGGUGGCCUCGCCCCAGACAUGUCCAAGAGCUGUGACCCACCUGGUGUGACUGGUUUGAAUAAAAACCGAAGAAGCCUCCCAGUUUCCAUCUGCCGGAGCUGUGAGACCCUCGAGGGCCCCCAGACUGUGGACACUUGGCCUCGAUCCCAUUCCCUGGAUGACCUUCAAGCAGAGUCUGGUGCUGAGCAAGACGUGCCUACCGAGGUGACAGAACCGCCCCCUCAGAUUGUACCCAAAGUGCCACAGAAGAUGACUGCCUCUUCGACGAAGGCCCAGCCCCUGGAGCGAGACUCUGCUGUCGACAAUGCGUUGCUACUGACCCAAAGCAAGAGAUUUUCUGAACCUCAGAAAUUGACAACUAAGAAACUGGAGGGCUCAAUCGCAGCCUCUGGUCGCAGCCUGUCACCCCCUCAGUGUUUGCCCAGAAACUAUGAUGCUCAGCCUCCUGGAGCUAAACACGGUUUAGCAAGGACACCUCUGGAGGGCCACAGAAUAGGACACGAGUUUGAAGGAACACACCAUCCCCUGGGCACCAAAGAAGGGGUAGAUGCUGAGCAGAGGGUCCCUGAGGCAAGAACGCAGCCCAAAAUUCCAUCACAGCCUCCACCUGUUCCUGCCAAAAAGAGCAGAGAACGCCUUGCUAAUGGACUCUACCCUGUUCCCAUGGGCCCCGGUGGGACCCUCCCCAGUCCCGAUGCGCCUUGCCUGCCAGUGAAAAGGGGCAGCCCCACCAGCCCCACCAGCCCUAGCGACUGUCCCCCAGCACUGGCUCCCAGGCCUCUCUCAGGGCAGGCGCCUGGCAGCCCACCAAGCACAAGGCCGCCCCCCUGGCUCUCAGAGCUCCCCGAGAACACAAGCCUCCAGGAGCACGGUGUGAAGCUGGGCCCGGCUUUGACCAGGAAGGUCUCUUGUGCCCGGGGAGUGGAUCUGGAAAUGCUUACUGAAAACAAGCUGCAUGCCGAAGGCAUCGAUCUCACGGAGGAGCCGUAUUCUGAUAAGCAUGGCCGCUGUGGGAUUCCUGAAGCCCUGGUGCAGAGAUACGCAGAGGACUUGGAUCAGCCUGAGAGGGACGUCGCCAUCAACAUGGACCAGAUCCGGGUGAAGCAGCUUCGGAAGCAGCACCGCAUGGCGAUUCCAAGUGGUGGACUCACGGAAAUCUGCCGAAAGCCCGUCUCUCCUGGAUGCAUUUCGUCUGUGUCAGAUUGGCUCAUUUCCAUCGGUCUGCCCAUGUAUGCCAGCACCCUCUCCACCGCGGGCUUCAGCACACUGAGCCAGGUGCCUUCUCUGUCCCACACUUGCCUUCAGGAGGCCGGCAUCACAGAGGAGAGACACAUAAGAAAGCUCCUAUCUGCAGCCAGACUCUUCAAACUGCCGCCAGGCCCCGAGGCCAUGUAGCCAGGCCCAGAAUGGGCUUCUCUGGACAAGAGCCACCCUUUCACUGUGCAUAUGAUGCUGAUGCAAUUCCUCCAUCUCUGGACGUGCAGACCAGAUCCAGAAGAAAAGCCUGGCGUGCAGCCAAACAGCGUGAAACCUUGGCACAGGACUGAGGAUCCUCUCCUCCAGAAAAGCCCCCUCAAGGAAAUUAGUGCGGUUCUCUUUGACCUCCAAAGACAAGACAAGCACUUAUUUUUAUUUUCAGAAGACGAAAGAACCAAGAUGCCAACUGGCUGCGAAUGCUGUGUCUCCAGUGCUGGUAGAGGCUGGGAGGAGUGGGGGCAGCCUGUUCCAUUUCUGAUAGUACCCUUGCCCUUCUGUCUGUCAUCUUGCAGGAUGCCCGAGGGCCAGACGGGCUUAGCUAGGCCAAAGGAACAGACUUGAGAGUUAUUGUACAUUACUGACCACGCUCAUUUGUUCAAAAGUUAGAACAUCUGGCUGCACCAGGAAAAAAAAGUCCUGUUCUUCUUUAGAUAAACAAGAGACAUUUUCAUAAUUGCUUUCUAGCAAUCAGCUUUUAUUUGCCUUAAUAUAAGCUUUUAAGCAGUUAUCUAACUAGUGUCCACAACCCUGUAACCAUAGUAGUUCCACAUCUUCAGCUUCAGCGGACAUCUAACCUCUCUGGGAUGUUUCCAGCAAAAGUGGGCUUUUCUAAUCGUCUCAUUUUAACAUGGCUUAUUUUGUAGAGGUAUUCAUCAGCCACACACUUCAUGUUGGUUUUUGGUUUUUAAGCUAACUACAAAUCUAGUACAAAACUAUCUGAAAUUCACAAAGAUAUCAUGUGUGUGUGCGUGCAUGCGUGCGUGUGUGUGUCUGUAUUCAUAGUAACUGCUUUUUGUUUUAACCAGUUUAGUAUCGUUACCAUUACUGUGUGAGUCGUUGUGCUGCAGUAUUGACUUGGAAUCCUGACCAUGUCCAUCCCAAAAUUCAGUCCUCAGUUAAUGGAUCAUCUUUGCAAAAGGUCACUGUGAGGUUGCAUAUUUCAGGAACAUGUUCUUAAAAAGGGAAAUCAUUUAUAAGAUGUUUUCUAAGACUUUUCAGUAUUACAACUAAUACCAUUAUCCUUCUUUUUUUAUUUAGGUAAUUCUUUUAAUUUAAACAAAGGUUCAGUAUGGAGCCAGACAAACCACAUUAGCCAUGUGUUAAGUAUUUGCUACUUUAAAUUGUUUUACAACUGAUUUCAGCACAUUCUAUCUUCUUUUUUUUUUUUUUUUUUUUUUUUUUUUUGAGAUGGAGUUUCGCUCUUGUUGCCCAGGCUGGAAUGCAGUGGCACAAUCUUGGCUCCCUGCAACCUCAGUCUCCCAGGUUCAAGUGAUUCUCCUGCCUCAGCCUCCCAAAUAGCUGGGAUUACAGGCACCCACAACCAUGCCCAGCUAAUUUUUGUAUUAUUAGUAGAUACGGGGUUUCACCAUGUUGGCCAGGCUGGUCUUGAACUCCUGACUUCAGGUGGUCCACUUGCCUCGGCCUCCCAAAGUGCUGGGAUUACAGGUGGGAGCCACCACGCCUGGCCUCUAACCUCUUUUAGUCUAGUGUCUGGUUUUCUAGCAAACAGUAAAUUUUAACAAACUAUUAAGGUUUCCAUUGCUUACAAAAUGAUUUUCCUUUACAUUCUUAUCAUGAACACUAUUUUAAGCAUCAAAUGCAAUCAUCUAAAAUAUAAAGGGCAAUCAUUUAUAAUAUAAACACCUUGACCACAAGCCCUUGAUUGAAAGUUUUAUAAUAUUUCAUCUACUUAUUAAAACAAAUAAUUUCCCUUGGGUUGGAGGGGAAGUGAUUUCAUAAAUUAGCCAUCUUUAGCAUAUUGCUUAUGUCUGGAUCCAUGUUUCUGAGGGAAAAGACAUUCUCAGCUGAUGUAUUUUUUUCAUGCAUUAGUAUGCAUUUUUAAAAAAGAAUGCAUGUUUCUUUAAUAAUUUUCAUCUUCUAUAAGAUGCCAUGUGAAGAAGUUGUGGAAAUGUAGAAUAAAAAGCUAAAGCUGCCAAAUUUCUAUUGAACUCUUAAAAACGGCUCAUGUUUGUCCUCUCGGGUUGUGGCCUAGCCUAUUUGCAAUGUAAAAAGCUGCAGGGUUCUCGUAUAGCUAAAGCGUUAAUGCAUUUCACGUGCUGUGGUGGAGGCGGGUGCUGCAGACAGGCUUUUCUUCCUGCUCCCAAAAUACCUCGGCUGGACAUUUGGACAGAUCCUGUCAUUGUUUAAGCUGAGCAAAAAAACACACAAAAGUUGUGUAAGAGACAACAAAGGAGAGGGAGAAAUCUCAUGUGAAUUUCCAAGUUUUAAUUCAUUCUCAAUGAAGGAUUUUCAUUUAAGUGAAAGUCACAGCAGAAGAGGGAACUUUCUGGAGUUUUUUGAGAAUGCCAAACCAUAUUUUUAUCACUCUUCUUUGGAAAUCAAUGCCUUUGCAUAGAAAAUCAAAUUCAGGGACCACAAAGAAUUUUCAGUGGGAAUGUCUAGUCUGAGGGGUCUGAGGUUGUUUUUACUUUAUUGUGUUGUUUAAAUAUUUUAAAAAUAUAUUUAGCGUUUGGUCUUUUUUUUUUCUUUAAGCAUUUAAUUUGGUCUGAGAAAAGCUGAAUGUUUGGGUGUGACGUUUGACUGAGGUGGAUUGAGGCUGCCUGUGGAUGUUAGUGAACAGGUGGUAGGCUUCGGCAAUAUCCAGUUUUAAUCAGUUGCAUUUGGUACAGAAUUUUGAGUAAUGGUGAAAAUUGUUGUCUUUGGAAAGCACAAAAAAAACGUGGAAAGGCAGUUCGGCUCAGGUAGCUACACAUACCAUUGUGUAUGAUUCUCACUUCAAAGCUGUCUGGAAGGAAAUGCAGUCAGCUCCAACUAGUACUAUUUACGUACCCAGAUAACUAAGAUAUUGUUUCAUGGCCUUGCCUUAGUUAGAGGCCCUUUUCUCUGUCCUGAACCCCCAGGUAUGGGUGAAAUUGGAAAUUACUAAUCUAUUGGAAAUCAGUUCCUGACAUAGUAAAGUUUGCUUUCAUAACUGCAGCAAAAGAGGUCAGCUCACCAAGUCACUGCUGCCAUGUGUGUACUGUAUUAUUUUCAGAAAAAAAUAGAAUAGUCUGAGUCCAAGUUAUCUUGAUUUAAAAUUGAUAGAGAAAAGAAACUGUCGAGCAAGUUAUAUAACAACUAACAACAUUGCACUUUCUGUAUAUGAAAUCAAUAUUUAAAUAACUUAUUUUUCUCCAUUGCUGUUCUUAAAAACAUUGUAAGUAGCUGUAAUAUACCAGUACCAAUAUGUUCUUGCAAUUGCUUCAGCCCAAGAAAGCUGUGUAUUGUUUUAAAAAUUGUAAAAAUUAUUGUGAUGAUUCAUUUAGCAUAAAGAGAGGUGGACAGAGGGUUUUCCUAUGUAUCAAAACUUGUCUAUAAUUAUGUCAUCUAUGUACCUAGAAAAAAAGUAAAUAAAUUUCUUCAGUUGAAUAUG